CGUCGUCGAUGGACUCUUGAUGUCGUCGUGAUUCGCGCAGUUCUGUGUUCCACUGAUUCGGGGGAACCAUGCUGCGCUCUCUGAUUUCGACGGCAAGGAAUUCGUUGCCAUGUACUAGUGUGAUGCCUUGGAAUCCAAACACAGGCGGUCUUCUAUCCCCGGCUCCGAGCCUGUUAGAGCAAGUUCGAACGGUGACCAAGUUCGGUUGGCGCAAGGGAGGCCGAAAAACUGUGAAAGCGGCUCUCUCGAGAUUCUACAGAUUGAAUUGUGGAUUGUGGAUCCACACUCCAAUUGGACGAGACAGAAAAAUUUGGAGAAAAACUCCGGAGCAAGUUAAGGAGUUGAGAAAGCACGUCUUCUCCCGGAAGAGACACUCCGAGGUACUUGACAAAAUGAUGACUGAGAAGUUCAAGAAGCCCACGUAUCUACCGGACUCACCUUAUGAGCCUUACGAUAAUUUCAAGCCGCCACAACAUGUCUACAAGACGUACAAGUGAGACAGUGCACUGAUCAUGGAAAAUAAAUCUGUAUUUAGUGGUAA